AAACAGCACUGUGACAAACGCACGUAUCGAAUUAUGAAAAAUUUCAUCACUAUAUUACAUAUUUUGGUGUCCAACAUACUCUUGAGUGCAGGAUGUCCCUACGGCUCAGAAGAUGUGAAGGCUGCAUACAAAUCUGGAGAGAUGCUGGACCAAAAUCCUCCAAUAACCUUACAGAAUAUCAUUAGGAAGUUAAAAGAGAGUGGGGUAUUUGAUGCUGAUACAGCCAAUCUCAAUAGCAGAGAGAGGAAAGAGCUUAGCAAACUGUAUGAUGCUGUUGAAAUCAUGGUGACAUCAAGGAACCGUCAACCGUCGACCGUUCAAAAUGUAUUCUCUUCGCUACGAUUGGUCGAGCGAGUGGUGAAGAAACAACUUAAGGAGGGCCAGCUAUCCGAGUCGUUGGCGUCCAAGUUCAAUUGGGAUAAAAUUUCAGCGCGUACCGUGCGAGAGAGACCGAUAUAUCAUUUAGACAAGGACACCAACAUGAGAGUGUUUGACAUUGCGUAGCAUUAAAUUAUAAUAAUGUAUUUUAUAGCUUAUAGUUUAAUUAUAAGAAAUUUUUGAACUACCCUCCUCAUUUUUAUUUUUGUUUACUACACGUAAUCACUUUUAACAUGAUUUUCUUGCCUUUUAAUAUUUAACGAUAAGGUCUGUAAUAGCUAGAAGCUAGUAAAAAUAAGGAACACACAGGUCGUGUCGAUUAGGCUGCUACAUUCCUGCUUAUGUAAGAUUUUAUUAUAGUUUUUU